UGUUCAGAAGACGUAUCUUACUCCAUUUCGUGAACCUCUCUGCGGUUCACUUCGCUUUCUGAAACCGGUGUUUAGUCAUUCGUGGUUCUUCGGUACUGUAGCGUUUCUGUUUUACUCACGACAACACAACAUCAUCUAAAUUAUCAAAUCACUCACCUCUUCCUCGCGCCAACCUUAAUUCUUCUCCUUCAAUGUCUCCUCCCCACACAUCUUAACUUCCCUAUUCAUUAUCCACUCUCCAAUCCAAACGACAACCAUGCUCGCGUUUCGAUCCAAGUCCUGCACUUACAGGGAAACAGCCACCCUCGCGCUUUGCCACUUCAGGCGAUUGGUCUUCACCUUCUCACGCGCCGGCACCCCUCGCUUGCCUUCUCCGCACGCCGCCUUCGGGGAACGGGGACGCUGGAACGUCGCCGCCUCGUUGGGGGACCCACCGGAAGUAUGGUCCGGCGGCGGGAUUGUCGUUCGCCCCGGGAGUUCCAAUUUCGAACUCACCGGCGCCGCCGCCCCCAAUUCCGGCGAUUCCAAGGAGGGGUGUUGGGGCGGCUCCAAUUUGGGGACCAAUUUCCCGACGCCCAAGGAGAUUUGCAAGGGGCUCGAUAAAUUCGUGAUUGGACAAGAGAGGGCCAAAAAGGUGCUUUCUGUGGCGGUUUAUAAUCACUAUAAGAGAAUAUUUAACGAGUUCCCUUCGCCUAAGUGGCCUGCAGGAGAUUCAGAUGGUAAUGUGAAGGCUGAAGCUGUUGAUGAUGAUAAAGUUGAACUUGAGAAAAGCAAUAUCCUUCUAAUGGGGCCAACAGGAUCAGGGAAGACAUUACUUGCCAAAACCUUGGCUCGGUUUGUAAAUGUGCCCUUUGUUAUUGCAGAUGCAACUUCACUUACUCAGGCAGGUUAUGUUGGAGAGGAUGUGGAAUCCAUAUUAUACAAGCUCCUCGUGGUUGCAGAUUAUAAUGUGGCAGCUGCACAGCAAGGCAUUGUUUACAUUGAUGAAGUUGACAAGAUUACCAAAAAGGCUGAGAGCCUUAAUAUCAGUAGAGAUGUUUCUGGUGAAGGUGUGCAGCAGGCAUUACUAAAGAUGCUUGAGGGAACGGUUGUCAAUGUUCCUGAGAAGGGAGCCCGAAAGCAUCCCAGAGGUGACAAUAUUCAGAUUGACACAAAGAAUAUACUUUUCAUUUGUGGAGGAGCAUUUAUUGACUUAGAGAAAACGAUCUCAGAAAGGCGGCAUGAUUCUUCUAUUGGAUUCGGAGCACCUAUACGUGCAAACAUGAGGACUGGUAAAGUCACAGAAGCUGCUGUUGCAUCAUCGUUAUUAGAAACUGUUGAAAGUAGUGAUCUUAUUGCAUAUGGUUUAAUACCUGAAUUUGUUGGGCGCUUUCCUAUACUUGUCAGUUUAUCAGCUUUAACGGAAAACCAACUCAUUCAGGUACUCACAGAACCAAAGAAUGCUCUGGGGAAGCAAUACAAGAAGAUGUUCCAAAUGAAUGGGGUAAAGCUACAUUUUACGGAAAAUGCUCUAAGAUCAAUUGCCAGAAAAGCAAUAUCUAAAAACACUGGUGCUCGGGGAUUACGGUCAAUAUUAGAGAGCGUGUUGGUAGAUGCCAUGUAUGAGAUUCCAGAUAUUAGAACAGGCGAUGAUGUUAUAGACGGCGUUGUCGUUGAUGAAGAGGCCGUAGGAAGUGAGGGGCGUGGGAAAGGGGCUAAAAUCCUUUAUGGUAAGGGUGCAUUGGAUCGUUAUCUUUCGGAGCAGAAAAAUGAUUCAGAGACCAUGGAGGCAUCAGCAGCAGAUAAUGAAGCAGAUACAGAACUUCCUUCCAUUGUUGCCAGCAUGUAACAUGUUGCAAAUAUUUUAGUAAUCUUUGUACAUAUGAUACAUUGUUUAAUAAAUUAAGGGUUAGAUUCAGAUGGCUCCAUGUGCUUUGGGAUGAAAAUUCGAUGUAUUUUUCACGGUAACCUCCGUGGUUAGUUUCGUUUGCACAUAUCAUAGUGAGGUCAACUAAAUGCCACAUACUUCUUAUAAGUGUGUAAUACCUGAUUCAUUUAUGUAAAUUGUGGCAUUAUUUAUGGAGCCAAAAAUGUGUAUCGUUAAAUGGCUGUUCAACAUAACUUUUUUUAGAAGAGCAACAUCCGAUUGGUUCAAUAAAACAUAAUGGUAAUUGCAAGUUUUA